UAGCUGCUUCCCGUUUUCGGUCACACUUGCCGUUUGUCUUGCGUUUUCAGUGUCUCAAAUUAACAAAGUUUUAGCAAAACUUUUUGAUUAGUUCUUUAGUUUGUACUAAAGUAUAGCCAUACUUCCAACAAUAAUCUGAUAUCGACAAUAUGGCACUUAACCCACAAUACGAGGAUAUCGGCAAGGGUUUCGUUCAGCAAUAUUAUAGCAUAUUCGACGACCCGGCGAACCGCGCUAAUGUGGUUAACUUCUACAGCGCAACAGAGUCCUUUAUGACCUUUGAAGGCCAUCAGAUACAAGGAGCGCCAAAGAUACUUGAGAAAGUGCAGAGUCUGAGUUUCCAAAAGAUCACGCGCGUAAUCACCACAGUUGACUCGCAGCCCACGUUCGAUGGCGGCGUCUUGAUCAAUGUGCUGGGACGUCUACAGACCGAUGAUGAUCAGCCGCAUGCGUAUAUUCAGACCUUUGUGCUCAAGCCUGUGGGCGUUAGCUUCUUUGUGCAGCACGAUAUCUUUAGGCUUGCGCUGCACGAUGUGUAGCCAAGCAGAUCGACAGUAAACAACAACAACUACUACAACAACAACAACAACAAGAACAACAACCGAAACACACUCAGCGAGCGAUCCUGGCCAGGCAAAUGCGAUGACGAUCCGCCACACGCUUUCUCUCAGGUGUUUGUGCUGAAAGCCAAUGCCGGUACCUAUUUUGUUGCUCAUGAUAUUUUCCGC